AUGCCGAAAGAUAAAAAAGUAAAAGUUUCAAAAAAAGCACCUAAAAAGAAAAUAUUAUCAAAUAAUGCUUGCAGAAUCACAUGGUGUGAAGAUGAAGAAAAACUAAAUAUAUGUCAAGCAAAAAGACCUAUAGGAACACAAAUUACGCGAAUUGAAUUUGAAUUUAACACCAAAAAAGUUAAACCAUUGCUUGAAGACAUUCAAGAAAUUGAUUGUAGUCUAUGUAAUUUCUCUGAGAAUGAAAUAAUCAUGUAUUUAGAUCUUAGCAAAAUGCAAGUCUUUCUUUCAACUGGUGAAACUGAAACAGAAUCAGCUGUUUUUGAUAAAGGAAAUUACUAA